AUGGAUCGGUGCGUUUUUGUGAACGGUAAAAGGAAGUUAUUAAGCGAGAAGUAUAGCAGAUCGAGUAAAGCUGUGAAUCAACACUUAUUGAGUGCCUCGAAGGUGACUGGCUUUCGUCGUUUCAUAUCAGCGUUCGAAGAGGAACUUGAUUCAUCGAUCGCAUCCCUCUACGAAAAUGUUUUAUCUGAAAUCGUCGCGUUCGUUCACAGCCAUUGGCAAUCUUCUGAUAAACGGCGUCCAGGUAUGCGCACUUUCUGUAAAUGUGAUGAACAUUCAGGAUUGGCAACUGGUGUGAUUCGAUGUGAGAAUGCCGACGGUUUCUCACUGAAUGAAUCACUGAAAAAGCUGUUGGGUAAGGAACCGAUUUGUAUUUCGGCGCCUUUACCGCCGUUGUGUACAAUCAUUGAUAGUAUUCGUAAGAAUGAGGAUUCAAAAUGUGUAAUUAUAAAGCAAGUCGAAUGUCUGCCAGCAAAUUUCAUCGAUGAUUUCAUUUCGAUUGUUUGCGAUUCAGAACGUGACUCACGUUUGGUCUUAUUGAUGACGAUUUCUUCCGAUGCGAGUGUUGUGUACUCACGCUGUUCAAGACAAACCUAUUCACAGUUAUUAAUUCGACUAUUCGAAUGCCCCACUCCGGCAACCGUACUGAAUACUUUUAUGGAUUCAGUUACAUUCAAUCCACAUUGUGCGUUGAGAGUUGAUGGCAAGUUAUUCGAUGCUUUACGAGAAAAUUUUCUCAGCAGAAAUUAUUCAUACGAAUUGUUGAAAAAAAUGGUUCGUAUUGCAGCAGUGAAUCACUACAUUAGCGUGGAGCAUUCGGGAUCUGAUUGUUGGGAGAGUCUGGUGUUUAUCGAGCGAUAUUUUGCAUUCUUGAAGCAUUUGCAUAGUGCUUGCGAUGGAUUUCCAUCGCAGCACCGUUCAAUAUACGAACUGCAUUCGGAUUUGCAAUCAAAAAGUGCUUUCUUCACCGAUCGAGAGGGAUUAUUUUGGUGCGCAUUUUCAGUUUUCCUUUCACCGAGUAUUUUUCUCACCGUGAUUUUCUCAUAUCGUUUCAGUUUUACUUUCAUUCCAUUCCAUUUCGUUUCUCAGUUUGUUCGCAUUCUUUCAUUCCAUUUAAAAGAAAAAAUUUGCGUUCUCAACGAAAAUUCCUGCUGGUAA